AUGGAGAAACCACCAGUACUUAUAAAUGAUAGAGCGGUGCUAAACAUAGUAAAUGACCACAGAAAAUACUCUCCUCUAAAUGAUCAAGACCUUCGUGAAAUACUCCAGCUAUUCCUUUACGGUCUUGGUAGUGAAACAGAGGAUCCAUCAAUGGAAUCAUUGGCAGGACUUAUGGCAGAAUUAAAGUCUCGCAUUGACAAUACUCCUAUCAAUUUACUUUCAAUCGAAGCCACGAAAUCAAUAUACAUCUAUUUGUACCUGCUUACUGGAGUAUAA